AUGGCACCUUCCAGUCUUGUCUUCAUGGAUCAAAAUGGCCUGCUCACCCCGAAAGAGAAAAAUAAAGUAAGUAAAUGGAUGGAUGUGGGGUGCUCUAGCGGGGUACAUCUGCUUUAAGGGUGAAAGCGGGGUUUAACAGUCAUUCACCCCAGAGAACACUGGGAAUCGUAGUUCUGGGAAAAGAACAGUAACUGUCUCUAAUGGAGAACUCUCAGCACUUAAACUAAAACCUGUCUGAUUCUUUGGGGGUAACUCAUAGACCCACUGAAAUUAAUGAAGUUAGCAAUAGUUAUUAGCUUUGAUGAGUCUGCUCUGAGCAUAGCUGUCAACGUUUCCCUUUUUAAAAGGGAAAUUCCCUUAUUCCAAAUAGGAUUCCUCGCAAGAAAAGGGAAAAGUUGACAGCUAUGGCUCUGAGUAAGGCUAGCCCUGAGUAGAAACUCAGCGUGUUCUUCCCCUGAAGAGAUCGUUUUUAUUUAACGUCAAAUUGAUAUCCCGAACCUUCCUCCAAAGGGCAUGCAAAUACCACAGCAAUGCAGUUAUUACUUCUAAAACACAGUUUAAAGCAACCUGCUAACAAAUUUAAAAUCUCCCAAAAGUAAGCUCCUAGUUGCAAACUGUUGAUUUCAGAGUUGCUAGGAAGAAUAAGCCGCUGUUUAUAAAUGGCAAAAUGUAUUAUUAUUAUUAUUGCAUGCCAUCUGCUGGGGAAUCUAGCAAGUGUGUGGAUUAAGAAUGGGGCUCCGUUUGAACGUCUCAGCUAAGUGUAUCUGUGUUUUUCCCCCCUCCUCCUUUGCAGCUUAGAAAGCCGGUGGUGGAGAAAAUGCGCCGCGACCGAAUCAACAGCAGCAUCAAGCAGCUGAAGCUUCUGCUGGAGAAGGAGUUUCAGAGGCACCAGCCCAACUCCAAGCUGGAGAAAGCCGACAUCCUUGAGAUGACCGUGGACUACUUGAGGCAGCAGAGCCAGCAAACCAAAAGUGAGUAGACCGAUAGGGCCUGUUCAAAGAGACUUGAGACAAGUGGGGUGUGUGGCUACAAAAUGUUGCAGUAUAUCUCUGCCUCGCACUCGUUGGAGCAACGUCAUUUAUGAGCAUAGGGAGCUGCCUUCUACUGAGCUAAGCCACUGGCUCAUCUAACUUACACUGCCUGGUGAAUGAACCUGCCACCUUCUGCAUGCAAAGCAGAUGCUCUACCACUGAGCUAUAUAGCCUUCCCCUCAAAUUCCCUCUUCCAGUAAAGGCCAUUUCACAUGUCCCCUUCCAUUUCCCAUUUUCCCCCAGCCAAUAUUUAAAGUUCUGUGGCUAAAUGAGCAUAUUCAGUCAUCAUGAGGCUGCCUCCCCCACCCCCCAGUUAUUCUUUUGGUGAAGAUUCGUUUGCACUUCUGCAAAUCUUGGGGUUUCCCCAAGCAUCCAAACUCUCCCUUCCCAAUUGGCCCCAUUUGGGCUGCAGUCCUUUCAGCACUCACCACCUGAGUUUGACACCAGAGGGAGUGGCAUUAGAGAAUGUGAUUUAAAAGUGUUCCCCCAAGCCAGCGCAUGAAUAUUAAAUCUCUCUUUUCUUCUCCCUUUUCCUUCUCUAGCGUUGGGGCCUGUUCAUAAAGAUACACAGGUGGACUUCACCGAAGGGUAUUCCAGAUGCAUACAGGAAGCCUUCCAGUUCAUGUCUCGCCACAAAGUCCAUGCAGAAACUCAGGCUAAGCUCGUGAACCACUUCCAAAGGAACCAGCUAUCUCUGCCUGAAGCCGUCCACUCAACGUCCAGGCUGAAGCACUCUUCCUCCAAGAACAUCCAUGCUCUUUGGAGGCCCUGGUAG